AUGCUAAAGGAUAUCCGGGAGGAUUGUCGCUAUUUGAAAAAUCGUGUUUCCAAUCUGGAAAGCAUUAAUGCCAAGUUAUUUCACAUGGUACAGAAUCAACAUCAUCCCCGUUGCGGUCACCACUCUUGUCAAGAACUCUUCCAACAUGCCAGUUCCCAAUCUGAAUAUUGUUCCCUGAACCAGAAUGAUGAACCACGUCCCAUGUUCCCAUCCAUGCCAAGUGCUCAUUCCUACCUGGCUCUAAACCGAUCAAACAACAGCCUCCGAGGUCAUUCAUCCGUGGACAGUAGUCGACAAGCUGGUACCAACAAGCCUCAGACAACCGCGGACCCGGCGUUCAUAGAUUUUUUUUCAUCGCGUGACCAUCCGAACGAGAGCAAGGCUUUGGAUAAUGCAACUGAUCUUGCCGUGACAGCACUUGCCCCCAGGAAAGAGUCUCCGGGGUCAAGUCCACAUGCUCAGGAAGAUUCCAGGACAGACUUUCAGUCCCCCAUCCAUGCACGUCUUCUCAGCGGUUGCUUUCACUCUGUACUCGAGGGUGUCCUCCUACGAGCCUCGUCCACACCCCAUUUCUCCCUGACAGAUCCUGAAUUCCCAUGCCUCACAGAUCCCUGCUGCGAAACGAGUGCAGAUGAUCAUUCGAUUCCAAAAGUGGUGAAACUGAAUUCCUGUGGAAAGUCAAAUAUGAAUGAAUGGCAAUCCCCAAAAGAUUGUGUUCGGGUGGCAAAACGACGUACUUCGUUUCCGUUACCCGCCACGCGCAGCACUACGCUCAACAAUGGUAUAUCCACUACCAGUAACGAUACCAAGGAUAUCCUGAACCGGAUGCAUGGCACUAUCAGUCCUUUAUGCCGUCGCAGUUUGUCGGGGGUGGAUGAUGCGGUUCGAUCUGUGUUAUUGCCACAUGCCUGGUUACAUAUGUCAAUCCUUCCGGAAACAGCGGUUCGACGUAAUCCGAUUGGGACAAGGAGUCAUAUCAUCCUGGGCGCUAGGUCACUGCCUUUAUGUAUAAAUCAGCCGGUGGACAAAUCUCCAAUGAACGACCGCAGUGGUAAUCAACUCGCGGGGUUCGGUAACUCCAACUCCCAACAAACGCGUCAUAACGCUGCUGUAUUGGCAACAAUUGGAUCCCCCUUGUCCAGUCGACAAACCAGAGCGUUUCAUACACAGCUGAACCCGAUCCAAGAGGUUGAAACCAAAGGAGAAAGUUAUUAUGACCUGAAGUCUGACAGUCCCAAGUAUACCUCGUCUACAACGAGCAGUUCAACUAGCAGUAGUGGUGUACUGGGUGCCACGUCUUCUGAAUCCAGAAUCCCCACUUGUCCUCGAAAACUAUCCGCAGCAAGGAAGGAAGCAUCUUCAUUACAACGGAUGAGGAGGACUUUGUGCAAUCCCUCGGAAGGGUCCGUCGGAUCUGAUCUGAAACUUGUGGGUAUUGCUCAAGACCACGCCGACCACGUGCACUAUCCUUAUGUUGAUACCAAACUCACCCCAACUGAAAGCUCUGGCUCAAUGUUUAAGGUAAGUAAAAAUGAGAAAUUUGCCUUGAUAAAUGACCGGUUGGCGUUAAACACUGAUGGCCGCAAUCGUAAGCAGUUUUUCUGUUUGAAUAAUAUACAUUGA